AUGCGCCGCUUCGCCUCCCGAGCUCUCUUCUCCGCGUCCGCCGCCAUGGCGGCGCGCUGCGCCACGACCAACAUGACGGUGCGCGAUGCGAUCCACUCGGCCCUCGACGAGGAGCUCGCCCGCGAAGAGAAGGUCUUUGUGAUUGGUGAGGAGGUCGCCCAAUACCAGGGAGCCUACAAGGUGACCAAGGGUCUUAUGGACAAGUAUGGCAAGGACCGCAUCAUCGACAUGCCCAUCACAGAGCACGGCUUCGCCGGCAUGGCCGUUGGUGCCGCUCUCAGUGGCCUGCGCCCCGUGUGCGAGUUCAUGACCUUCAACUUCGCCAUGCAAGCUAUCGAUCAGCUUGUCAACUCAGCCGGCAAGAGCCUGUAUAUGUCUGGUGGCCAGAUGAAGUGCCCCAUAGUCUUUCGUGGUCCCAACGGUGCGUCGGCUGGUGUAGGUGCCCAGCAUAGUCAGUGCUUCGGUCCGUGGUACGCGUCCGUGCCCGGCCUGAAGGUAAUUGCGCCGUACAACUGCGAGGAUGCCCGCGGCAUGAUCAAGGCGGCCAUCCGCGACGACAACGCCGUGGUGGUGCUCGAGCACGAGUUGCUGUACAGCGAGUCCUUCCCCGUCACAGACGAAGCAGCGGACAAGAACUUUGUGAUCCCGUUCGGCAAGGCGAAGAUUGAGCGCGAGGGCAAGGACAUCACCCUCAUCGGCUUCUCUCGUGGUGUGGAUCUGUGCUUGAAGGCGGCUGAGAAGCUCGCCGCAGAGGGCGUGCAGGCGGAGGUGAUUAACCUUCGCUCCCUGCGCCCGCUCGACCGCCACACCAUCCUCAGCUCCAUCAAGAAGACGCACCGUGCGGUCACAGUCGAUGAGUCCUUCCCUGUGUGCAACAUUGGUGCUGAGAUCUGCGCCUGUGUCAUGGAGAGCGACACGUUCGACUACCUCGAUGCCCCGAUCGAGCGCGUGUCGUGCGCCGACUGCCCGACACCGUACAGCAAGGAUAUCGAGAUGGCUUCGCAGCCGCAGGUGGCCGACGUCAUGGCCGCUGCCAAGCGCGUACUCAGCUAA